AAUAAUGCGUCGUCUGCUAUUCUGACUGACGUGGACUUUAUAGUUUAUACAAGUGUUUUUGAAGUAAAACAGGAUAUUUUUUAAAAAGUUCUGCUGAUCAAGACCAUUAUUUGAAAACUGUUUUUUCUUAGAAAAUGUGCUAAAGCUUAAACAAUGGGGGCCCAGUGCAGCUCGGUAGCUAACUUGAACAGCAAUGAACACUUGUUUCAAUUGUGUGGAUCGACACCUAUGACGGCAAACGAUCCAACUUGGAAUCAAUUAUUUUCUUUUAAUUUACAGAUACCCCUUUCCAGUUUAGAGAAUCAUGAAGUCAUUGAAGGAACAGCCCAGCUUUUUCAACUUCUUGAAAGCAAUAAUCAAGCAACGAGAAAUACAAGCGCUCUUCUAAGAGUGUUUCUAUCUAGAGCUACAGAGCUUAAGGCCUCUGCUCAGUGUGAUAAUAGAAUUUUUAUAUGGCAAACUUGCAAUGCUCUUUUCAUUGUGCGGGUCAUAUUUAGCCAUUGGAUUCGUUUAGAGAAAGAAGCAGUGCUGAUUAAAAAAUUUUCAUUUCAAGAAGAAAACAGUUGUGAGAGUUUGUUGGAAAAUCUAGCUGUCCAGCUUGUGGAAAUAUUAGUCGAUGUCCCUCUAAAGGAGGAAACAGCUCUUCUUCAUCGAGAAAGUGUUCAAACACUAAUGUUGUUGCUUUUUGUUGCUGCUUCAUCAUACCUCAUAAACAACAAGUCUAUUAUAUUCAAGUGCUUAAUGCACGGCCCAGGAGCUUUACAUGCCGGACUACUCACACGCACUUUGUUACAGCAUUACUGCCAACAUCAAUCUGUUCCCGUUCGAUGGUUGAGAAAGCCCGAGCAAGGUGGAAGCAUCGUCCUUGGUUUAGCAACCGGACUAUGGAGUUUGAUAUCACGGAAUAGUUCCACAGCUGAAUCAGUUGACGCUGUGUCUGAUUUUGCCUCUCAGUCUUUACUUUUGCUGCUCGUUUUGACGAAUCACUGUAGUACGGAAAAGAACUGGUCUAAUCCGUAUAGACAAGCUUUGCUGUCUUUCACCGAUUCACAAGAUCCUGUACAAGUUUCUCCAGUGCAUCCAUCAGCUUGUUUUCGGUUGGACUAUUCAGUAUUAUAUUCGACGCUAUGUGAUCGUUUAGGAGACGAGAGAACGACUUUGCUACUUUACAUGCUUCUUCAUCAGCACCAGCAAUUCCGUAACUACGUCUACACACAUGCAGAUAUUCAGAGAAUGGUUAUUGCCUUACUACAGGAGCUCUUCAAUGGCGAUGAUCAAGGAUCACAUCAUCUUUACAUGUCUCUGAUUAUUCUUCUUUUGCUUAGUGAAGAUGAAGGAUUCAAUUCCAACAUCCAUAACGUCGUCGUCCGCAAUCCUUUGUGGUACACGGAUCGAGUGUUGAACGAAAUAAGUUUGGGUGGAUUGGCUGUGCUUGUCAUCGCUAGGACUAUUCAACGGAAUAUUGUCAAAGCUAGUGACAAAUAUUUGCACACCAACUGCCUGGCUACACUUGCUAAUAUGGCUGCUCAUUUUCGCCGCCUACAUCCUUAUACAUGCCAAAGAUUGGUAUCACUUUUAUGCACCUUGAACAAACGAAGAAUCCGAGUUGUCCAACAGAUCAAGACUGAUGUAAAAGGUGAUUCGGCAACAGGUGCAUCGAGAGAAGAACUGGAACAAGACCUUAGUAUCCUUGAGGAAGUAUUGCGGAUGCUUUUGGAGAUCCUAAAUGCUGCCUUCACCCACCAACUUGGAUGUAACCAAAAUCUGAUCUACAGUGUUUUGCAUAAAAGGGAAGUGCUGGACGUUCUGAGACGACAGCCGGCAUUCCAAGAUAUCGUUGCCAACCUAGACACGGUUUCCAACUAUUUUAAUAACAGAAUCAGCCAGUUAAACGAGCCAGGAGUAAAUGAAAUCCUUCAAUCCAUACAAUUAGGUUGUGUUGAUUUUCCUAAAGAUCAACUCAAGAAAUUUCCAGAACUUAAAUUUCGUUACGUUGAAGAGGAUCAACCCGAAGAGUUUUUUAUUCCAUACGUGUGGUCCAUGGUCCAAUCAACUUCGGCUCUCUGCUGGAGCAAUGAUGAAAUUACCAUGGGGAUGAACAACGAAACAAAAUAGACGUUUAAAUAAAAUUCUGAAGAUUGGUUCUAGACCUAUCAUUUGCUAAUGCCUUUUGUUUUGAAAGUGUCGUGUGCAUGAAAAAUUACAAUUAUCUUUCUUUGAA